UUUAUAUAACGUUAGAAACUCCAAGAUAAGAUUCUUAUUUGAAAACUACGAAAUGGUGCGAUCAUGUUCUGCUGCUGACUGCGUCAACCGUCAGACGGCACUAAGCAAGCGCAAGGGUAUAACUUUCCAUCGGUUUCCAAAAGAACAAGCUCGCAGGCAACUGUGGAUUACUGCCGUGAGCCAUUCUCAUGCUGCUGUGGGCACGGAGUGGACUCCUUCCAUUCACAGCUCUCUCUGUUCCCAGCACUUUCACGAUAAGCAGUUUGACCGAACCGGACAGACUGUGCGGCUGUGGGACACUGCGGUGCCAACAAUAUUUUCAACACUCAACUACUCAAAGAUGCCUAGACACUGCUCUGCUCUUGGCUGCACCACUCGAGACUCAAGGCAGACAAGAAACAACAACAUCUCCUUCCACAGGCUUCCAAGAAAAGAUGAUCCCCGCAGAAAUCUUUGGAUAGCAAACUGCCAGCGGACUGAUCCUAGUGGCAAAGGUCUUUGGGAUCCUUCUUCUGACUAUGUAUACUUCUGUUCUAAACACUUUGAGAAAAGCUGUUUUGAAGUUGUUGGAACAAGUGGUUACCAUCGUCUCAAAGAAGACGCUGUCCCAACAUUAUUCAUGUCCUCGGCCAAGCUUCGGAGAGCAUCAAAGCUUAAAACACAAAAAAGGAAAAAUGCAAAGAACACAAAAGGGAAACGGAAAAGGAAUCUUCCUUUACAUAUUGAUCCAAGUCUGUCAGGUAACCCUGAUGAAUCUACUGCAGAAUGUUUUGAUCAUAAAAGGUAUGAUGGAGUCCCUGCUCAAGACUUGGUUAACUUCCAUGGACUCUGCCCUGAAAAUAUAGAUCUUCCAACUGAUACAGCUCCGGCAGAAGGAGCUGUGGCCACCACAGUUGACCAAAUGCACCCAGAGGGCACUUUAGAAGAUAUGGAAGUUUCUGCUGUUAUUAAUGGGCCUAUCUCAGACUGUAGCAUGGAGUUAUCUAGUGCAAGAGAUAAAAUGGCUUCAGAUAUGUCAAUGCACUCAGUGGAAAGUUCCAGAGAAAGGGAUGACGAACCUUCCUGUCCUGUCUCUCCAUCAGCUUACAUGAUGCGCCUACCUCAGCCUCCUGGUGCCUACAUCCAAAAUGAGCACAGCUAUCAUGUGGGCAAUGCCCUUCUUUGGAAGAGACGGGCUGAAUCUGCAUUGGAGGCUCUAGGUAAAGUACAGAGGCAGCUGGAAGCAUGCAGGCGUAGAGAGCAGCGACUGCGACUUCGCAUCUCUGCUCUGCAACAGGAACAUUUGCGAGAAAGACGGGCACAGUCUGAUGUUAGAGAGAAGCUUAAAGAACAUUUGCAGGUGUUUGAGCUGCAGCUUAUCAAUGAUUUUGUAUAAGUCUCACGGAGUUGCAACUAUGGGACAUAUUAUUGUGUAAUUAAUGUACAGCUGUAUCAUAAAUAUGUUCUCUCAGCAAGUCAGUUGUGUCUAUAUCCCUUUUAAUUUUCAUUAUACUCAUGUCAUUGGCUUCUUAAGUUAUUCUAUGUGCAAGUUAUAUCAACAAGUAUCCGGACUCCAUUCAUUGUUUGUGCAGACAUAUGACUAUAUCCUUCAGAUUAAAAUAAGUUCAAAACUUUUUUGUGCUUGGAAAGCAUAAUAUUAACGGAUUAACUAUCCAGUAAAUGUUUCCACUUCAAACCAAUUUCACGCCGUUAAAUAUCCUUCUGAAAAAUCUUAUGUAUUGUUUUAAGAAGAAAUGUGCCAUUUUUGUAAAUAUGGUUUAUUGUCUGGCUGAUUUCCAACCUUCUUUGCAUAUUUAUCUAAUGUAUAUGAAGAGGGGCAUGAUUAUUGUAAGGGAAGGAAAUCUAUAACCAUAUGAGCAAUGGGAGAUGGGAAUUAAGGCAUACAAAUAUUACAGCAUGAUAGGAGAAAUUGUAAAACUGUUGCCUUAAAUUACCUCAUAUUUUGGCCAGCCUUGGCCCAUUGUGACACACAAUCUGUUGUGUAUAGACAUACAUACCUAGCAGUGUAAGCCACUAUUUUUUCUUUACACAAGUUGAAUAAAUAUCAGCACUUGCUAAAGUUCCAGAAUGUAGUUAAGUAUACAACUAAGCAGUUAGUUCCACACUUAAAUCAAGCAAUGAAAUCAUAUGUGACAAUAAAGCAUUCUGGGUCAUUUAAAGGCUCCAUGGAGAACUGAGGCACCUUGCUAAAAUGGCACUUCAUUUGAUUUGUUUUAUAUACAUUAAAUAAAUGUGGUGUGUGUAUGUGUGAAAUGGGGUAUUUCACCUUUAAAUUAACUCUGAUAUUUACGGUGAUAUUUUGAGACAGUUUACCAUUGUUUUUUUAGUUGCCUUUUUUGUUGGGCUAUUCCCCAGGUUAGAAUUUUCAUGACUUUGGUUGCUAGGGUCUAAUUUACCCUAGCAGCCAGGCAGAGGUUUGAACGAGAGCCUAGAUAGAAAGAGAAAUAGUAAAAAGUAACAACUCUAAAAUGGUAGCGUCAAAGAACAAUAGUUUCCUUGCUGCUAGGGGUCACUCUUAUAUAAAGCUGGACAGAGUCAAAAGAGGAAGACAGAUCAUUUCUUUAACAUAGUAACAGUUAACUAAAAGGUGAACUGCCUCUUGAAGGGCAUGGAAAGUAGUAUGGGGGGGGCUUACAGUGAAUACAAUUGUUUACUUAUGUAAGAUAUGCUGUGGCAUGAGUAGAUUUUCCAGCCAUCUUCAUUCACUUCCCAGAUAUCCCCUGUGGCUGUACCAGAUUGUGCAUAUUCACAGUAUAGUAACAUGUCUGGUUUCAUUAUACUGUGCAUAUGGCAGUUUCCAGAGGUAUGAUAAUGUGCACACUCCAGAACAAGCCACAAUGGAUCGUUGGUAAAUGACUGAAGAUGAUAGAGUGACACUCAUUAGAGCAGAACCCAGGACUGGUGUUUUAUUUACAGAAAUGAAGCACCAUCCCGGGGUGUUCGCUAGGAGGUACCUAACAAAUUUGUACCAACCCAGAGAAUACCAUUUUCAUUUAACUAAUGCACUUUGAGAUAGCAGCUGAAUACCAAAUGCUCUGAAAUAGGUGCUGGGCCUCUCUGUGGAGAAUGCCCCUGGCAAAAUGGACAGUAUUGGGAGCUCUGCAUAUAUGCAGAGGAGGAAUGCUCUGCAAGCACCAGGCACGGCACCAGUAUACAUUACUGCCAACUAAAGGGAAAAUAAAACUCAAAGAUAAACUUAAAGGUAGACUUUUCUCUGAUGCAUGACCCACUAAGAACAGAUGUUUCACUCUAAAGGGGGUUGUUCACCUUUAAAUUAACUUUUAGUAUGAUGUAGAAAGUGCUAUUCUUAGACUAAAUGCAAUUGGUCUUCAUUUUUUAUUAUUUGCAGUUUUUUUUUAAUUAUUUAGCUUUUUGUUCAGCAGCACUUGAGUUUAGAAUUUCAGCAGCUAUUUGGUUGCUAGGGUCCCAAUUUAACCUAGCAACCAGACAGUAGAAGCUGGAAAUAGAACAGGACAGGAAAUGAUUCAAAAACGAUAAGUAAUAAAAAAUGAAACCCAAUUGAAAACUUGCUACAAAUAGGCCAUUCUAUAACAUACUAAAAGUUAACCUGAUGGUUAACCAUAUUUUAAGGAUGUUUGGGAUAAAUAUAGUGUUUUUAGAUAACUAUGUGUUUUCAUUGAAAUUUGUCCCUAUUUGUGCUUUCACACUUUGCUUGCUGUUGCUAAAUUAUGAGAAUGUCAAGAUGUGCAAAAGAUAUGAGUAUCUAAAAGUACUUGGAGAAUAUAUUUUCAUAUCUCUUAUAUGAACUGCAGAUACAAUGUAAAUGCUCCAAAAAACAAACUGGGAUUGACAAAGCUUGUAGAGCUCCAUAAUAAAGUUUUGCUGAACUUUA